GUGUUUGCACCAACAACAACAACGACGAAAAAAAAAAUCCAUAUAUUAAUAUAGCUAGUAAUUUCACUAUAUCACGUUAACGUUAAUCGAUCCAAACGAUCCCAUUUCAUUUUCUCUGUGUUCGUAUGCAAUCCAGAAUUCACAAGUUUUUACACGUCCACAUUUUGUAAAACCAACAAACAAGCAAGCGAACAAGCUUAUUUCCGUUCCAUUCAAAAAUUAAAAAUUUCAAUACAUAAAUACUCUAGUCAUCAACAUAUAUUAAACCGACAGCUACUAAAAUAUUCCAUUCACAUUUUUUUUCUCUUGUUCUCUUUCACUACCUCUGGAAAUUCUCAUUUUUUUUGUCUUGUUUUGUUUCGAUUAUCAUCAUUAUUAUAUAAAUGAUGAUUUCGUCAGCUGAUUUUGAAUUUGAUGAUAAUGGUGGUUCCACCAUGAAUGGACUACAUGAAUCAUCAUCGCCUAUUAAUAAUCAUAAUGGAAGUAUCCAUAGUAAUUCAUCAGUACAUUCAAUGGAAGAUAGUAAAACAAAUUUAAUUGUCAACUAUUUACCACAAACAAUGACACAGGAAGAGAUUCGUAGCCUAUUCUCAUCCAUUGGUGAAGUUGAAUCAUGUAAAUUGAUUCGUGAUAAAGUUACAGCAGGCCAAUCAUUAGGAUAUGGUUUCGUAAACUAUGUUCGAGCUGAUGAUGCUGAAAAAGCAAUCAACACAUUGAAUGGUCUACGAUUGCAGAACAAGACAAUCAAGGUAUCAUUUGCACGUCCAAGUAGUGAAUCGAUCAAAGGAGCCAAUCUUUAUGUAAGUGGUAUACCAAAAACAAUGACACAACAAGAAUUGGAAAGUUUAUUCACACCAUAUGGCCGUAUAAUAACAUCACGUAUAUUGUGUGACAAUAUUACCGGUCUUUCAAAAGGUGUUGGUUUUGUACGUUUUGAUCAACGUUGUGAAGCGGAAAAAGCUAUCAAACAUUUACAUAAUACAAUACCGGAUGGAUCUACUGAACCGAUUACGGUGAAAUUUGCUAAUAAUCCUAGUACAAAUGCAAAAGCAUUAACACCAGCAUUAGCUGCUUAUCUAUCACCACAACGUCGUUUUCCUGGACCAAUUCAUCAUCCAGCCAAUCGUUUCAGGUACUUACAUCCAUCGAUUUCACCGAUCUCAAGAUAUUCUCCACUUGCUGGUGAUAUAUUGACCAAUCCAUUGAUUGCAGCCAAUGCAACAUUAAAUGGUGGCGCUGGUUGGUGUAUAUUUGUAUACAAUCUGGCACCGGAUACAGAAGAAUCAUUAUUAUGGCAACUAUUUGGACCAUUUGGCGCCGUACAAAGUGUCAAAAUUAUACGUGAUUUACAAUCGAACAAAUGUAAAGGAUUUGGUUUCGUUACAAUGACCAAUUAUGAUGAAGCAUUAGUUGCCAUACAAAGUUUAAAUGGUUAUACAUUAGGAAAUCGUGUAUUACAAGUUUCAUUUAAGACAAACAAAUGUAAAGCUGCUUAAAUGAAUGGUUGAUGAAUGAAUCAAACAAAAACAACAGAAGCAAGAAAAAAAAAUUAUCAUAAAGAUGUUACACACACUCUAGUCCAUCCGUUUCAAAAAAAAAAAAUGUGUCUCUCUGUGUAUGAAAGUUUCAUCAAAACACACACACACACAUCACGACCAUCAUCCCUCACACCCUGUAUCAUCAUAAUUUAUCAUCAUCAUCAUCGUCGUCGCUGAAUAUUUUCUUCAUUACAACAACUACCAAAAUAUUAUUCUUGGCAUUUAUUUUCAAUUAUUCAUACAGUUUCAUCAUCAUCUCGUAAAUCAAUAUUGAGAGAGAGAUUCAUUUUCAUUUUCAAUUCAGAAAAUUUGAAUCUCGAUUCUCAAGUGUUUAUUUUUUUUUUUUGUUUGCUUUUCCUGGAUUUCAAAUUUUUCAAUUUUCUCGAUCCUACACUUGAAAAUAUAUGAAACAUACUGACGAAAAUUUAAUCCUUUUUUUCACGGAAUUUUUUUUUAUUUCCAAUAACCAAAAACAACAACAACAACAAACCGACCAUAAUUCAUCUGAAGAUUUGAUGAUGAUGAUGAUCACACCUCCAUCACUACCACCGCUACCACCACUACAAUUUGCAUAUCAAUUUUCAUACACACAUAUGUCUAAUCUAUAUUUUAAGAAAACGACAACAACAACAACAAACAACAACUACAACAACAACAACAACAACAACAGAACUGGAAUUGAAACGAUUCUUUUAAAUCUUUUUUCUACUUAUAUAUUUAUUAUUAUUAUAUUAUCUAUAUUUUCAAGUUAAAACAAAACAAAAAACAGUAUUUUGGAAACCAAUAUCAUUGGCAUAAGAAAACGAUACGAUAUUGGAUUUAUUCGUUUUGUUUUUUUUUUUUGUCUCGCUGCUUUAUAUAUAUGAUGAUACGAUGUUUGUGAUGAUUUGAUCAUUUGA